GGAACCACGCUGGCCGCUAUCGCACCGACCAACGUCCUCUCUUCGCCAGACAGCAAAGCAUUUCUUUGAUCUCCCUCUGCAGCGUCUGUUUCACGGAGGUCGUUCCGUGCCGCUAUUCACAAUGAGUGCGACAAAGACGCAGUCCCAGAAAAUUUUCGAAAAGCUAAAAUCCAAACCCGCAAAUAAGAUAUGUUUUGACUGUGGCACCAACAACCCCACCUGGUCUUCCGUUCCGUUUGGCAUCUAUCUGUGUUUGGACUGCUCGUCUAAUCACCGAAACCUCGGUGUUCACAUUUCCUUCGUCCGCUCUACCAACCUUGAUCAAUGGCAAUGGGAGCAGUUACGGAUUAUGAAAGUGGGGGGGAAUGAGUCCGCGACGAAAUAUUUCCAGUCACAUGGUGGAACAGCCGCCCUGGCCAGCAAGGACCCCAAGGUUAAAUACACUUCCAAUGCUGCAGUGAAAUAUAAGGAAGAACUGAAGAGAAGAGCACAAUUGGAUGCGCAAGAGUAUCCGAACGAAGUUGUCAUCACCGAUGCUGGGCCAGCGUCUCCCUCUGACGGAUCCUCCACCCCCGCAGGCGAAGGCGAAGACGACUUCUUCUCGUCAUGGGAUAAACCAGCCAUCAAGCGCCCAAGCAACCCUCCCUCACGGACAACCACACCACCCGUAGUCAGCCGCAACGGUUCCCCGUUCCUCAGCGCGGGCGCUAACGGCACUGGAAUUUCCCGACCAAAAUCCCCCCUCUCUAGCUCCGAAGACAAAUCCACAGCAUCGACCCCACCCGUGGCUGUUCGGUCAAAUCCUGCAGUUCGCAAGACCACAGCCGCUGGCGCCAAGAAGGGGAGUGUAUUGGGGUCAAAAAAGGCACCGAAGCUGGGUGCCAAAAGGCUCACCACCUCCGAUACCAUUGACUUUGAGGAAGCGGAAAGGAAGGCUAAGGAAGAAGCGGAGCGUAUUGCUAAGCUGGGAUAUGAUCCGGAAGCGGAGAAAGCUGUAGCUGAAGCAAAAAAAUCUGGAUCUUCGGCUACAAAAAUAGCCUCCCCAACACCUGUAAGUCCCGCCCGAGGUGGCUUUGGAGCCACCCGGGGCCAUGAAAGGAGCUCUAGUGAAAUUGAACGUCUGGGAAUGGGUAUGGGCCGUCUUGGAUUUGGCCAAGUUGGUGCUGCCCCGAAAGCCCCUGUCCCUAGGAAGCUGGGCUUUGGAGCUACUGCCGCAUCCAAAGCUGCUGAUGACGAGGAAUUAGAAUAUGCCAGACAGAAAUUCGGUGGUCAGAAAGGUAUCUCCUCCGACGAAUUCUUCGGCCGCGAUCAAUUUGAUCCAGCCGCUCAGGCUGAUGCCAAGAGUCGCCUCUCAAAUUUCGAAGGAGCGACAUCUAUAUCCAGCAAUGCCUAUUUCGGCCGUCCCGAAGAUGAUCUGCCAACUACCGACGAGUACGGUAAUUAUGACGAUCUGGAAAGCGCAGCGAGAGACUUCGUGCGGCGGUUUGGAAUCACGGCGGGUGAUGACUUGGAGAAUCUAACGCAGGUUCUUGGUGAGGGUGCAGCUAAGUUGCAAGGAGCCAUUCGGAACUAUCUCAACAGUUAGGCCUACAUAUCUGCAUUGUUUGGUUUCAUUUUUCACCUCUUUUUUAAACGGAUGCAUUCCCCCCUUUCUUUUUUCUGUUCUUAUUAAUUUACAAUGCUUCUCUGAGCUCUUGCCCUUUUACAUUUAUUUUAUUUUUUCCGUUUGAUGAUGGGGUUCUAGCGGAUGAUAUCUGCACAGGGCCGGCCUUUUCAACGAGGUCGUUGGAUACGGAGACGAUGAUAACGAUAACGGCCGGCGAUGGCUGGCUAAUAUGUAUGGAAGCGAAGAGCGUUUAAAAUAAUCUUGCGAGAGUAGAAUACCAAAUUUGCCCUUGCGUGUCGUUUUUCUGUCUUCUUUCUUUUCUCCUCUUUUUUUUUCUUUUUAUAUUUUUUCCCCUUCCGUCUUCCUUUUUGUUAUUCUUUUUCUUGUAGGUUAGUUCACGUUCGAAAUCAAUCUUAAAAUCUAGUUGAUGCCUCUGUAAAUAACACCUUAAACAACCGGUUCAAAACGUUUUGCUCGAUAUAAUGGGCAAUUCCAUUGGACGCUAUUCGAGCUCCGCAUUAAAAUUGAAAUUUAGCCUGUUGCACUGCUAGCACACAAAAAGGUAGACAGCCG